AAUAAAAUAUUACAGUUUGAAUGAUCAGACUACACACCAAACUUAGCUUGUUGGUGUUGCAUUGUCUGCCAGGUGCAUGGUUGGAUAACUCUUUUGUUUGGCUGGAUUAGCUGGCUGUGUGUUCAUGCCCUAGCUAUGGUGUGUUUAAUACAAGCUGAUUUUUCCACAUGCACUAUAGUAUUACAUGUAUCUUCGAUUCCGCGAGUAGAUCUACCCUUUGAUUUUUGCCAGGCUGUAUAUUAGUACUGUUCUUCCACUCACAUUUUUACCGAUUAAAUUACCAGACGAAGCACAACUAGUAUACAUCUGUUUUAUAACGAGAUAUUUUGGAACUUUUGCUUCGAAGUUUGGUUCAAACUAAAGUUCGCGUUUGACAAACAAAGUGUCAAACUAGAGUUCAUCUACAUGUAUUUUUGUUGAAACUUAAAGCCAGUUUUUGAGACGAUUUUUAGAGGAAUGGGUACCAGACCCAGUUUACAGGACGCUUUACUUCAUGCCUCAGGAAAACUUUCCAUCAAAUUCAGGAAGCAACAGGAAGAGGCAUUAUCUUCAUUUUUGUUAGGACACGAUCUGUUCGUUAGCUUGCCAACAGGCUUUGGAAAGAGUGUAGUUUUCCGUGGUGCUCCUCUAUGCAUGGACUUUCUUCGUGGUCAAGAUGUCGGAUUUAAUUCACUUGCCAUAGUGGUUAUGCCUCUAAAAUCACUUAUCCGAGACCAACUUGAUAUUGCGAGGAAAAGUGGUAUUUCAGCUGUUGAUUUGAGUGGAGGAAUCACCGACAAAAUCAGGGAAGAGCUAGCUAAUGGUUGCCAUUCCUUGAUACUCUCAAGCCCUGAAGUUUUGACAGGAGACUCUGGAAGGGACCUAAUCACAAUAAGCACUGUGAGGGGUCGGCUAUGUGGACUCUUUGUGGAUGAAAGCCACUGUGUGAAGAAAUGGGGUCAGUCAACUGGGACAACCAAGGUCUUCAGAGAGAGCUACAACAAGAUUGGUGAGCUACGCUCAAUUCUUCCACCAGUUCCAGUCGUUGCUUUGACAGCUACCGCAACCAAAGAGGUUAGGAGGAGUAUCGUCCAAUCCUUAAGUUUGAAAAACUACACCACAAUCAGUGCAUCGCCAGACCGGAGUAACAUCAAACAUUCAUUUAUGAAAUCUUCAUCCAAUUCACCAGAUACCAAUCUGGCUUUUCUCGUCAAAGAGCUACAAGAUAGAGGAAGAGACUGUGACCGUUUUCUUGUCUACUGCCAGUCAAGGAAGAUUGUUUCGGAAGUUUAUUCCAUGUUCAUGUAUCAGCUGCCCCCCACACACAAGGCUUAUGUACAGAUGUAUCACACCAACAGCGAGGAUGACGUCCAGCAACAUAUCGUGAAGGACUUCGGAGACAGCAAGGGAAUGAUUAGGGUGCUUGUGGCAACGAUUGCUUUUGGCAUGGGUGUGGACGUACAAGGCUGUCACAACGUCAUCAUGUAUGGAGUGCCAAGUCAUAUCGAUGAUUAUGUACAGAUGUCUGGGAGAGUCGGGAGAGAUGGGAAGAAGAGCUUGAGUAUUUGCAUGAAGUAUCCAGGAGACACAAAGCAUGGUACCUCAGAUGAAAUCAAGAGAUACAUCAAUGGUGAUUCCUGCCGACGAGCAGCGAUUGUAGACUGUUUCGGAGAAGCUCAAACUUCUGAUGUUGUACAUGUAUUACAUGAGUGUUGCGACAUUUGUGCUUUGAAGUGCAUGUGUGCUGGGAGUACAUGUGACACACCAUGCUAUCGAUUGGAACAUCUGGCAUACGAGUCAAUCUGCAGGGAGAAAAAACUGAGUGAAUUUGAUGUGUCUGUCCCAUCAGAGGAGGAGCAUGCUAAGUUGGAGCGUUCAUUAAAGCAAUACAGAGAUUCUCUACUGGGAAGUCCUGAAUCCCUGUACAGUGGACCAGAUAUAGCUUGUGGCCUUCCUUCAUCAGUUAUUGACAUGAUUUUGCUCGAUAUCAAUGUUGUUAUCCCUAAAGUAGAGUUCCUGAGAAGAUACAGGUUUGGGAAUAAAGAAAUAGGAGAGGAAUGUUGGAGGAUUUACUCAGGUUCUUUACAUCGCGGUUCAAUUGCAGGUGAUGAAAAUGAUGUUCCAGCCACUUGCACAAACAUGUAUGAUUCUGAUGAAUGGUCUGGGGAUGAAUAUGAUGAGAUUAUUUUAGACGACUAUCACAUCGACAGUGACAGUGACAAUUGAUGUCAGUCCGAAGCAUUGCAAUGGGGAUACAAUGUACAUUUUGCUGUAUUGUAAUGAUAUUUGAGUGUUUCUAGAACUGUACCAUCAUUCUACAUGUAAUGUGAUUUGUGAUCAUUUGAAUGAUUUAUUUGAAGAUACCCAGCAUGUUAUCUUC